UCCCACACCAACCCGGUAGCUGUGCAAUGGGAACCAGCAAACCCGCCUCGAUAUUUUUAUUCUCUCCGUCAUUCAGAGCCCGCGUCUGACCCUGGCCGGUUGGGAAAUGAUACUGCGAUCACAGUAGCAACGUCUCCGCGUGGAAUUCGCCCAAGAUGGUGGUUAUUUUGGGAGUCAGCUUCAACGAGAGGAAGCUCGUCAAGAAAGCGCUCGAGUCCUUCUACGGGCUAGGGCCGCAGCUGUCGGAGCGCAUCAUGGCCAAGUACACGCUGCACCGGCACGCGCGGCUGGGCGGCGUGGCGCCCAAGAUCAUCACCGCCCUGACGACGGAGCUGUCCAUGAUGACGAUCGAGAACGACGCCCGCCGCAUCGUCCAGGACAACAUCAAGCGCCUCCGCGACAUGGGCACCUACCGCGGCCGUCGCCACGCCAUGGGCCUGCCCGUCCGCGGCCAGCGCACCCGCACCCAGAUCGAGACCGCCAAGAAGCUCAACCGCCUCGAGCGCGGCAGCGGCUGGUUCAAGAUUUAAGAGGGAUGGGGGUACGCCCGCAAAUGCAUGCGGGUUAUAUAUAUAUGUGUGUGUGUGUGUGUGGACAUGCGAGCGUUGACCUGGGCGUGCUCCCCGGCUGAGACGUUGCACGCUGCGCGGGGAGGGGAAGAGACGGUCUCCAGGUUCAGCCUGCCCGCUCCCAGAGCAGAGUCGGGUUGAGGGCAGGAAAUCUCACUCUGCGGUCGUGCGAAACCCGACGGAAACGGGACGUGACCGUUGGAAUAGGAGCGGUGGAGAGGCUCGGAUUCCGAGCCAUCGCCUUGAGUGCUAAACGAGGGAAAGCUAUCGCCGCUACAUGUCUGUCCGGGAACGCUAUUCUCUUGUAUACUUAGCCAGCCGGCGGCGAGGCUGAGAUAAAGCCUCGAGCAAUAAAGCAUUUCAACCAAGCCGAUGCGGGAAUUUCAU